CAGUUUUUAAGCAAGUAUUAUUUUUACAUUUAAGGACACCAGAGAUUGAAUUGCAAAUAGGCACAUAAUUCUUUUGUUUUGAGGAAGGACUGACUGUUUUGUUUAAAAAUGUCAAGACACUUGGAUAUAUUGUGGUUUCUAAUUAUCUCCGUCUGGCUUUUCAGCUGUUUUUGUUUACAAAUAAUAGCAGGGACGCCAGGGAUAAGUAUAGAAAAUGAAAAUAAAGGAAAAGCUACUGAGCAGAGAACGCAUACGAUUGGUGUUCAUGAAAAAAUAUCUGGAGUUCUCAGUGUGUCAGAAUCUUACUCUGCAAGUCUAAAACUUGACCGUCACACAAUUAAUACUUUCACGGUUGAUGCAAAAUUUGGUGAAAGCUACUCAAAUUAUUCUGUCAACAAAACAACACAGGUUAUAUUUGUUUAUGAAUAUUCAGAAGACAAUCAGGUUAGUUAAAAAAUAAUAAUUAGGCUAUGUAACAAUUAUGUAUCACUUUUUUUUUUUUUAUCAAAGUGGCUUUUGGUACCUGGGUACCAGAAGUGAGAGGUUGGGAUUAAAAAAAACUAUUUAAAAUUUUAUUGUUGGGUUUGUAAGAAUAAAUGAGGUAUCAAAUGAAAGAUAAUUGAAUGGACUAUAUGUUCGUAAACUUAAAUCUCCAGUUUAACUAAAAUAAAUUACCACAAAUGACAUACAAAGAGCACUGAGUCAAAAUGGACCUAGACACGCAGCGCUGCCAUUGGCAUCCAGGUACCAUUAGAAUUAGACUCAAGCUAUUCGGAUGUCAUUUGUGGUAGCUUAUUUUAAUUAAACUGAAGAAGUAAGUUUAUAAACAUAUAGUACAUUCUAUUAUCUUUCAUUUGAUACCUCAUUUUGUCUUACAAACCCAACAAAAAUAUUUUUAAAUCAUUUUUUAAUCCCAACCUCUCACUUCUGAUACCUGGGUACCAAUAGUCGCAGCCCAUUUUUAUGGCCCAACCACUUGAGUUUCAGAUAAGAAAUCUUAAUAUUCUUUUGAUAUUUUUUAGACUGUCUUAUUGUGUAUGCAGUCGUAGUAAAUGGGGGGGGGGGUGAUCUGCCAGAGGCAGCACUUUACUUCUUUAUUAUAUUUAGGGGCGGCAUAAUUAACCAAAUGUAGAGUUUUUUGUGAAAGUGAGGUGCCAGAAGACUUGUUGGCACCAAGACUUGCUACACUACUGUGUGAUUGAACUUUGAUGAAUGCCUCAUAUUCACAAUCACACUCCUAGGCCUCCAAAGCUAGAUUAGAUAGCAGAUAGACAUUUAACACUAACAACCCCAAAGUAAUGAAUUCAUAGCCACCUCUAACCUUUGUCUUUACAUAUUUUUUUAAGAGCUUAAUCAUACUCAUACAUACAUUUUGUUCUUGUUAAGGUCAGAAAAAAAGAAAAAAAAUGUGUCCUUAAUUAACUUAAAUUAAAGAAUUGCAAUUUAAUUUGAAUAAUGUCAUUUGAUGUUUUUUGUGGGUUAACUUUCAUUCGCCUGGUAGUUUAAGCACAUUAUUGUCUAGAUUAUAUAAAAAAACUAAAAUCUUUUAAAAUGUAGUUGAAAAAAAAAAGAACCAAAUGAAUAUUCAUUAUCAUUGAAAUAUAUUUUGUAUUAAUAUAUAGCCUACUAAACUGAUUAUUUUUUUGUCUUCAAAGUUUACUAUCUGGACUGCAUUUCUAAUACAACUGUCUUUAAAUUUCAGACAACAGCAGUCAGAGUUAAUUUGAAGUGCAGUUCAGCCUCAGAAGACUUUCCUUUGAUGUUUGUGGCAAGACAGCAGGAAAGUCUUUUAUCAUGGCAGAUUCCUCUUGAAAUAGGUGAUAGGUAAAGAUGGUCAGCUUUGAAAUAAAUUUUAAUGAGUGGUCUCCCCUUCUGAGGUCAUUUUUCAUUAGACAGUUAAAGAUACAUAAGUGAUCAAAAGUAUUUAAAGCAGCAGUUUGCUUAUUUACAUGUCUUUUCCUCUAACACCAACCCCCUCCUGACCAACUCAAAAAAAAAGAAAAAUUUCUUUUAAUAAUUUUAAAAUAAACCUGCAUUUUUCUGUCUGAAACUUAAAAAUAUGUAUUUCUGAUGUUACAUCAAGAAAAUGAUGAAAGACCUUGGUCAAGUACUUGAAACACAAUGGACAUACUUCUAUGUCACCAUGUUUCUAAAUAAGUGCUGCUCAAACUCUUAAGUGUGACAAACCAGCAAGAAUAAUUGACAUAGCAGCAGGGGCCUGUAUCUAAUUUAUGCUAAUUUUUUUAUUUUCACUUUUUCCGGGCUGGUAACUGAGCAUUCCCAGACAUUUGCUUUUGUUGUGGACCACAACUUUAUGAGGGCUCCCAGCAGACAGCAGACAUUUUGGGGGGUGGGGGGGGGCAGUGGUCUAUGUUGUCUUCUUCAAAUUUUGGGUGUUUUUAAAAUUGAGGGGCUAAUAAUUCUAUGUCACCACCACAAUAAUUAGAGUAGUAAUUGGAAAAUUUUAAAUCAUAUGUUUGCUAUUUGAAUUAAAUGAUAAAUAGGGUACUGAAACACAAAUGGCAAAAAAAACCAAACAACUAAAUUUGAUAUUGAAAAAAAAAUGACAUAAGGACGUUUGGUAAUAUAAAACUCAAGGUAAAAAAAAAUGCUUCAAGUGCCACUGUGACAAUGCACCAUAAAUAUGUCAAAUCUUUGAUGAUAACGCUUCUGAACAAAUUUUGUUGAAAAGUUUUGAUUAUCGGAAAUGCAAAAUUUAAUUUUACUCAUUUGUUAGUGGGAUGAAAUAUUUUUUGCUUUUCACUUUUUCAGUUACUCAUAUUAUUCAGUGAGUCGUACAUUGUGUCCCAUUGACAAGAGCCACAGACAAUCCAUCACAAAAGAUCAGCUCAUUUAUCUUUCUGUGUCCACCAUGUCAAAUGAUAGUGUUGGUUUUGAUUUGUCGGUAGAUGAUCUUAAGGAUUUUGAAAUUGAGUAAGUUGAUAUAAUUUUUACCUAAUCUUACAGACAUCUUUUUUUUUUUUUUUUAAAUGAGUUUAUUACAAUACAAUCUAUCCAUUCCCAAUAAGUUAAAGCUUUUCUUUCUUUAUUUCUUUUUUUUUUUUUUUUUGAACAAGAUUAAAUUGUGAUGUAUACAUUUUUGUUGGUAUUAAAAUCAGAGUAAUGAGAGUCGUGUAUGCUGUUAUUAAAACUAUCCAUCCUACAGCAAGAUAUUUCUGAUAUCCAUCCUUCAGCUGGUUAUUUCUGAUAUCCAUCCUACAGAAAGUUAUUUAUCUGAUAUCAAUCUUACAGCAAGUUAUUUCUGAUAUCCAUUAGUCUCUGCCUUUACUGCUGCCACAAAAAUUACUUGUAGUUAUUAUUUUUUAAUGUUCAGUUUUAGUAACAUUUUCUUUUUUUAAUUUCAAAAUAAACAGCAGGACCUACAAUUAUAAUAGGUUUUUUAUCUAUUCACAAUAAAUAAUAACUGUUGUACUUUUUAGGCAUGAAGUUUCUCGUUCCUUAAAUUUGAGUGUCUCGGAACCGAUGUAUUACAUGUACACAUUCCCAGAAACGGUUUCAGCCGUGCUUCUGAAAGUAACCUCCACGUCACACACUUGCAUGACAGUGUCUGUACAGAAAAUAAAGGUAUCAUAUCAAUGUAUUGUUAUCAUCUCAGUUUUUAUGGCUAAAAAAAUAAUUGUUUUACUCUUUAUUACUGAUGCUACUUUUGAUAUUGUAGAGCAGGGGUCCUCAAACCUUUUAACAAAGUGGUCAGUUCAAUGUCUUCAUGCACUGUUGAAGGCCAGUUUAUAUUUUGAGAACAAAAACUGAACUAAUUAGCACACUGCACAUGUCUUAAUUGUUGAGAAAACAAAAAUGAAAAAAAGCAAGACAAUGUAUAAAAUGAAAGCAAUUUUAAUCCACACAAGCUUAUUAGUAUUUUAAUGGGAAGUAUUGGCCUAAUUUUAGUUAAUGAGGCGAUCAAUGCACGGUUAUAUAUUUUUUCAUUGCUACCAAGGUGGGCUGGGUUAAGGACACUUGGUGGGCUAUAUGAGGCCAUAGUUUGAGACACUUAAUGUAGAAGCUCAGUUAACUGUACAUAGUUUUUUAAAAAAAAUUGGUGAUGUAAAAUAUCUGAUUUAAAUGGAAACAGCAUUGAUAUAAAUAACAUCACUACUUUGUCUAUGGAAUGUAACAUACAGAGUUGGGGAAAACCUGAAAGAUCCAAAAUUGAACAGAAGCUCUUUUUUUUUAAAAAGAGCGUUGACUCUGGACAUCAAAGUUUUGUGUCACGGAUGUUGCAAAAUAGAUUUUUGAAAAUUAAAAACAAAUCAGACUUAAUGCUAUAUGGUGAUCAUGCUAUCUGUCUUUAUGUGCUUAUAUUUUACAAUGUUUUUUCUUUGUCUCAAAAUAUGAGUCUGAAUAUCAUAUGUCCUUGGAUUCAGUUUAACUAUAACCCAUAUAAGAAUUAUGGGCACUUCAUAAGCUAAAAAGUUUUGCAUGAGGUAUUUACUUAAAAGACUAUAUUGACUUUGAGUAAAAUCUCAUCAUAUAUCAUUCACAUUUAUUUCUAUUUUUGCUCUGUUUAACUUUCUCAGUAUUAUGUUGCUUGCCUUAAAAUCAUGCUAAGAAAAAUAUAAUUUGUCAAAAUGUAUAACUGAAUUUUCAAAUCCAGGGAUUAAAUGUUUUCAUUGUGUUAAACAAACACUCAAUAAGUGAAAUAUGUUACUAUUAUUGUAUUAAAACGUCAUAUGGCGGUCAUAAGAAUUUAAUCAUGAUUUUAAAAACUUCAUCACAAUUUUAUGGCUUUUACAACUAUAUCCAAACUUUAUGACAUUUGCAACUAUAUCUAAACUUUAUGACAUUUGCAACUAUUUCCAAACUUUAUGACAUUUGCAACUACUUCCAAACUUUAUGACAUUUGCAACUAUAUUCAAAAUUUAUGACUUUCACAACUAUAUCCAAACUUUAUGACAUUCUCAACUAUUUCCAAACUAUAUGAAUUUCACAAUUUUAUCCAAACUUUAUGACAUUCUCAACUAUAUACAAACUUUAUGUCUUUCACAACUAUUUCACCCCAGUGCCCUGUGUUUGACUUGGAGACUAAUGUAAACUUUGAAGGUCAACAUCAGACAAUGUCAACACAAGCUGCCAUGUUCUUAGAGGUAAACAACAAAAAUAAUAUGUAAAUGGUUUCAGCUCUCUAUAAACAAAAGAGCUGAAAUGAAAUGGAAAAAAUGAUUUUAAGGGACAUCAAGUUCUAUUCUCAAAUGAAAGGUGCACAAUUUAAUUUAUAAACCAGUUGGAAUGCACAGCAAAUGAAAUGCAAUCUCUGGCAUAAGGAGUUCUGCAUCAAAUCUGUUUCAUAAACAAUAAUUUAUUUAAUUAAUCACAAAUAAUUACGCUUGGUUUUAUAUAUUACCUUAAAAUGCGUGUUUAAGUGCUGAAAUCUGAUUUGUUGCAAAUAAUUUUAGGCCUGUUUUAGAAAUUGACAUUUUGUUUAGCUGCAAAUAAAAGUAGCGAGGUUAGCUAUAGGAUGAUCAUGAUAUUUAAUUCUCUGAAAAGCAUCUUUGAAGUUACACCUACUUAGGCAGAAGAUGUGCCAAAUGAAGCCCUUACAAAAAAAAAGAACUAUACGAAAGACCAAAUCUAACCAGGGAUAAAUAUUCUCCUGUGAGAAAUGCAGUCGAGAUUAUCAUUCCAGGAUUAGCCUCGUUGAAGUGUAGGACUACAUAGCUACUCCAUCAUCUUGCGAAGACGGAAGGAUGCCAUAUAUAUACUUAUCUCAAAAUUAAUAUAAAGCCAUUGAAAGUUUUUAAGGCAUUAUUCUACGAAGGUAAUGAUAAAAUUUCCAAUUUUCAGAAAGAUGACUUCUCAGAACUUGGAGGAUUUUAUGUGGUGUUUAUUGUGAAGCCAAACAACGAAGUGUGUGAGGGCUACCUGGCACCUGCAGAGAUUCUCCCCCCUGGUCAGAGUGAGAAGAAAAAGGAUGUGAGAGUUGAGAUUAAGGAAACUAUUUCAAGUAAGUAUUUCUGGUAACAAAAAUAUUGGGAAACUUAAUGCUUAACUUUCAAGUGGUUAAUUUUAAAAAUAUUUUUAGCUCAGUAUUUGAAUUUUGUUUGCAAAAAAUAAAAAUAAAACAUAUUAAGUAAAAUGAACUUGGCUUUGUAUCUUAUUAAAAAAAAGAUUGCAAAAGGAUGAAGUCAUCAUAAGUGUUUAUCAUCAAUACAAUCUCUAUACUGAAAAGUGAUUGUCAGAAAAUUGGCCUUAUAGUGUUAGUGCAAUGGUGGCAUGUCUGGGCAAACAGCCGGGGGAAUGGAUUAGUCAAUCCAGUAAUGUCAGUGAUCUUAGGGAGGAGAACACCGAGUCCAUAACCUAAACCACCAAAGUAGAAAGACAGUAGCCAACAUGGAGUGUGAAAAUAAAUUCUCACAAACACAAAAAAAGAUAUGUCCCAAAAGAAAAAAAAAAGAAUGCUAGAUAAGAGAAGGAAUAGAUGUGAGGAGAAGUGUUGAUGUGAUUCAUACAUUAAAUGGAGCAGCAGCAUCACGCUAUGGACAGUGACUCAGAGAGGCCAUAUGGCACCCAAGGCAAGAUGUAAUCUAGUUUUUCCAUAAGAUUUAGAAGGAAACAAAUUAAAUAAAUUUUGACUUAAACACUCCUAGAGAUUGUAUCUUUAUUGACACAAUGAUACAAACUUAUGAAUACAAAAAUUUGUACAUUACUAAAAUGUCAGUUAUAUCAAUGGUUAUAAAUACUUAAAAAAAUAAUAUCAUAGUCUCUCUGUCUUGCCAUGGAGGCCUCAAAUAAGAAAAAUUUAUUAUUAAAAGAGAUCUCAUGGCCAGCUAUAUGAUUAGUGAUGACGAGAUUAGGAAACACUGUCAUCUCCAUACUGAACAAUGAAAUUGUAAAUUGGAGACUUACAUCAGGUUUUGAGAGUUUUAGGGCUUGAAUCGACUACAAAAUUCUGUUUAAAGAAUGCAAGUAAAGUGAUACCCAAGGCACAUGCCUUGACUUGCCACAUUUUUGCAAUGCAUCUGGCAAAGGACUGCAACUAUAUGUAUUACUGUCGAUAACUAAAUUAAAGCUUACCAACAAUAUGAAACCCUACAUUUUUUUUUUACAUGAUGCUGAUAAUUAUUUAUAAUUUUCAAUUUAAUUUCAUAAUUAAAAAAUGAGCUUCAAGUCUAAUAUCUUAGGUGCUCAGUACUAAAUUUAUAUAUCUAAUAUUAAUAUCCUGGGUGCCUAGUGCUGCAAUUAUCUAUCUUAUAUCUUAGGUGCACAGUAAUUCAUUUAUAUAUUUCAUAUCCCAGAAGCCUGGUACUACAUUAUCAAUCCUAGAUCCCAGCUACUCCCCCAGUACUAAAUUUAUUUAUCUGAUUUUUUAGGCGCUCAGUACUACAUUUAUAAAUCUUAAAUUAAUAUCCUAGGUGUUCAGUAUUAAAUUUAUAUAUCUAAUAUUAAUAUACUAGGUGCCCAGUACUAAAGUUAUAUAUCUAAUAUUAAUAUCCUAGGUGUUCAGUACUAAAUUUAUAUUUCUAAUAUUAAUAUCCAAGGUGCUUAGUACUAAAUUUAUAUAUCUAAAAUCCCAGGUGCAGAGUUCUACAUAAAUAUAACUUAAAUCCUACAUGCCCAGUAUUAAAUAUAUAUUUUUUAUCUCAUAUUCUAGGUGCCCAGUACUACAAAGCAACAUUUGCAGCAGCUGGCGUAUUUUUAUUUUUUUAUUUGAUCGCCUUCGCAAUUUCUGUUUUAUAUGCAAAACUGUAAGUCACUGCAGUGUUAUUUAAAGUUAAAGUCUCAAUUUACUGCCAUAAAUAUAUUGACUGUAAUUUUUAUUUAAAUGUGUGUUGCUACGUCUCAGCUCUUAACAUUAAAGAUGAAUGUGGAAGAGUAUAUGUGGUGCCUGGUGUUAAACAAAUAUGUACCAUUUGUCGAUCAGUAGAUGAUAUUCUCUUAUCUUCUCUUGCUCCUUGAAAAGAGGGCAUAAAAAUCUUCAGGGAAAUGCCAAGUUAAUAGUGGACUGAUAUUAGAUUUGGAAGCUACAAGAAGGCAAAGCUGAUGUUUCAAAUAUUUUAAAAAUCUAUAUGAUUAUUAAACAGAAGUUUUGUUAUUUAUUACCAUUAUUUAAAAGCCUUUGAGCUCAUUGAUAAUAAUUAAUCAUAAAAAUGACUUAUGCUUCAAAUAAUGUGUUGUUUUUUUUAAAGUAUCUUGUCACUUUUAUUGGAUGUAUUAUUCUGAUGAGCUUUAAAGCAAUGUCCACACAAUCGUUUUUUGUUAUGGGCAUGUUGGGAUGGAAUGCAUUAUGGGAAGCAUUUACUUUUUUUAUAAGGUUGCUGGUUUGAAAAGUUUAUGUGUUGCAGUUUUAGUUUUAUGGAAAUAAACCCAUUCUUGUAUUUCUGUAAAUAAAUCCAUUCUUGUAUUUCUGAACCUUAAUGAAUGUGACUUCUUAUUUCCCUAGUGAACUUCACAAAGGACUUGAUGAUCUCACACAGGAUGAAAUGGGUAACAUUUUUUUUAUUAAUAAGUGUCUAUAUAUUUAUCUAAUAACAUGUAAAGAUAUGAAUGUCUUUCUGUUUGAGAAAGCCACUUUAAAUUCAAACUGAAUGAAAACUCUAAAUCUUUCUAUUGAUAUAACAUGAUAUAAAAUUUUAUAGAAAGAGCCCAAGGAACCACUUUUUCAUUACAAGAUGUUGUUCAGGACCUUCAUCCUGAAAGUGAUAUAAGUUUAAUAUUUUGUGAAUCUAUCAGUUUUAAUUAAUUCCUGAUUCAUUAAAAAUUUUUAUUCAAAAUAAAAAUUUUAAUUUUUAAAAAAAGUUAUACCUAUUCUCGAAAAGAAAAAAAACUGACGUACCAUACACACAUACUUUGUGUAUUAUGAUCUCAUGAAUAACAGCUCAAGAGAGUAUGAGGAUUAUAUGGACUAUCCUUAAAAAAUUUCUUUAAAAAUUAGUGGGUUUUUUUCGGCUUUAAUGAAACAUUGAAAUGCAACCUAUUAUCUGAUAUGUAUGAUAAGAAAUAUUGUGUGCUCUUAUGUUUGCAAUGACUGCAAUGAAAUUUAUUUACAUUUCUAAAUUUAUUCCUGGCAUUGCAAAGAAAAAUCAUCCUCAAUAAAUAUAGAGCACCUAUUUUUUAAAAUAUGCAUUUAUGAUAUAUAUUGCAUUCGCUCUUUAUAUUCUCUACGUAAAGCUUAUUUAAAACAUUCCUUCUAUUAUCAAUGCCAGUUUAUUAUGAGUCAACUCAGCCCUUUUCUAAUAUUCUUGUCAGUUGUAUAGAGAUUGAAACCUUCAAUAUGGUGUAGUUUGGGGCAUUAAAGAUUAGAGGUAUAUGAGAAAAUCUCAGGGAAAUGUAAUAUGUUAUUUUAAUAUUAAAUAAGUUUGCAAGCAGCUUUAAGAUAUUAGGUCACAAUAAUGCAGAAAUACUUUGCAAGUCUCAGAAUGAGAUUUAAAAUUUUGAUCCAACUCCCAAAAUAACUGGCCACUUUUCAGUCUUAUUUCUCCCAGGCUAAAGUUGUUACUCAAAUCCUUUAACACUUUAGGUCCUUUGAGCUCUCACUACAUAAUUAUCACUGUAAGUAAGUCAGGGCUGUAUAGAACUUCCAUGGGUUAUUCUAAGUAAGUCAGGGCUGUAUAGAACUUCCAAGGGUUAAUCUGGCAAAGAUUCACUGACCUGAAAUGUUUUCCUCAACAGAGCAAACUCGCUAUCUAUUUGAAAACAGCUUGCCCAAUGUCUUGACAGCUCCUGGUAAACAGCGGCUGAUUUUGUUUUUCUUUCUUGGUGUUCAAUCCUGCAUGGAUGUGUUAAUAGAUGUUCUAUGGGACUCUUGUGCACGUUUCUAUAGUAGUGAUGGGACUCUUGUACAAGGCUCUAUAUUAGUGGAUAUUUUUAGAUUUCCUUUAUAUAUGAUUUUAUAUCGACCUCAGAUUUAUCGUCCUGCACAAAUGUUAUGCAAGUAAUCAACUUAUUGCAAUGUUAUCAAAAGUGGUAACAAUUUUCAUUUUUUCCCCUUGCAGGACAUCUCUAUGUGCAUGUAAAUCCAAAUUUUCCACGUGCUCUAAAAGUUAGAUUGAAUAUUAAUGAACACAGAGUCGGUACACAAGGUUCAUAUUAACAUAAUCCUAUGUAUUUCUUCUUAUGCUGAUUUCCUAAACCUAACAGUGCACACUUUACAGCAGUGUUGUCCAACCCCCAAGGGCCACAUGCAGCUUGAUUUUAAAUGGCUCGCCACAGCUUGAGCAAUUCUAAUGAUGUGUGUAAUAAAUAAAACAUUUUGGGGUGACAAUAUUAUUAAACCACAUUGAUUGAUUCAGUGCUGUUGGGAAAUCAUGUGAGAGUACAAGAGAAGUCAUAACAUGGAAAAGGGAGAGGUCACAAAACCAAGGAGGGCUAUGGCUUGAUAAAUAGAAGUAAUUUAUUUUAUGCACAUCGGCAGCGCAACCAUUUGGGAAGCUUGGUGACAUAAAAUCUACUUCUUUAUGUUGCUUGUACAGGGAAGGUGUCACGGAGUAUCAGUUAUAAUUGCUAACGGCUUUGGUAAAGAUGAAUAGGGAAACCAAAAGUAACCUGAUGUGUGACUAUUUGGUCAUCGUAAAAAUGUGCAGGUGCCCACAGACAGGACCAAGUUAGAUAAAAUAGAUAGGUGAGCAUAGCGACUUAACUAGUGCCAGGAAAGCCUUUGGGUUUGAGUAAUUUGAGAUGUAGCUGUGGUGCUAAACGUGUCAAAAUAGAAUGACCACGAUGAGAAGUGUGAACCAUUUAUGGCACUAUGCUAUUUAAACAGAUAGUCUAGCCAAGUAUGGGAGAGUGUUUCGCCAUCCUUUAUUGUUUUGAUGUUGGGAACCUGGUAUUCUGAGAUCAGAUUAUGAGACGUUCAAUGAGUAGAUACAUGCUGUGAUUGCUUGUAGUUAAUGCAAUUCAAUCAGAUUAGUGAGAGACAGUAGGAACGAUUCUUGAAAAAAAAAAUUGUUUUAAACAUACAUAAGAAUGCAUGGCCAAAUAAAUUAUUAAUCAUGUGUUUCCUCUGAUGAAUAUCCACAACUUUAAAAAUUUUGUUUUUAAAUUUUGACCGUGUUUUUGGAAGCAUCCUACAUCAGUGAAGCUGGAUUCUCUGUAAUGACCAAAAUCUAAUCAAAAGAACAUUUCAAAAUCCAAAGAGGGCAGGUGCCACUGAUAACUACCUCAAAUUUAAAAAAUUGCAUGUACAAUUCAAAGCAAAAGAUAUCAUUAAAAAGGAUUACAGUUUUUAUUUGCUUUACUUAUGUUCUUGAUGAGUCGAUACUGCUUUUGGAUACAUUACUCUUUAUGGACAAGUUAAGAAGUAUUAAUAACACAAAUAAUUUUAUUUUGAGAUGUCAUAUGCGGCCCUCGGGUCCCCAGAAAUAUUUUUUUCAUCCCACUUAGUCAAAAAGGUUGUACAGCACUGCUUUUACUCUGUGGGACUGGAAUUUUCUGUUUAUUUAUUUUGCUUCGUAGAAACUUGCAUUAGCACCUAUUUUUUAACAGUGUCAUGUAGCUGGCUACUUUUUCAUGUUCCUAAGUUGUUUUUAUUUUUGUAAAUUUAAUACACGAAAAUGUUUGUGCAGUGGAAUUAUUGGUCCCCCCAAAUCUAUAAAAUAAAUAAAACACAUUAACAACUUUUAAAGUUGCUUCCUUUCCUAAUAUUUUUUGAAAAACUUGGAUUAUUUAUUUGAAUCAGUUCCAGAUCAUGAACUGAAAUCUAUGAGAUUGUUCAAGACAGGCCAAAGGGGUUAUUUAUUUGAAUCAGUUCCAGAUCAUGAAUUGAAAUCUAUGAGAUUGUUCAAGACAGGCCAAAAGGGUUAUUUAUUUUUAUUCAAAAUAGGCUGGGGCAUGUUCAAUUACCUGGAAGUAAAUAUUUUCUUUUAUUCCAUUUGGCUAAAUAAAAAACUAAUUUUGGAUCAGAAGGCCUACGUAUUGGGUCAGCUCCCUGAGUUGGAGUCCGUUCAGAGUUUGGGCCCAAUGGUUGUGAGUUGUGGUAGGGUCUUGAGUUGUGCAUAAUUGUAUCAUCUCAAUAAUGUUCACAAAAUUUACCACCUUUACGAUUUUCAGCCGAAUAAUUAUACACUGCCCCAGUUCUGUUAUAUUUUUAGCUAGACCAGUGCAUUUUAGCUGCAUGUAUCACUAUUUCUAUUAUUAAAAAAUUUAAUAACACAUUAAGAGAAAUGACACUUGAGCUAUUUCACUGACUAUAAUCUUCUUGUUUAAAAAAAAAAAGUUAUUUAAUUAUUUUCUAGUACUGUGUUGGAGCGGUUAUCUUAUCAAGAUAUGCAAGAACAAAAAAUGAUCAAUGCAUGAUAUAUGCAUCUAUAUAUCAGGGUCUGGUAUGUUAUGGCCAGCCCUUUGAUCUGCCUUUAUUAGAAUAUAUAUAUACAUAUUAUAUCAAAGAACGGAUCAAAAUUAGGUAAUAGUUGAUCAACACCGCUCUACUGAAAUAUUAUCAGGGCUAAAUUGUAACUGUGUUGCUUCUCAUUGCCAGUUUGUGCUUAAAGAGCAUGUUACAUUUAUUGCACAAAAGUAGGAAAAGGAAGGCCACAUUUCAUAAUUAUUCAAUUUCUAUGAAUGAAAAUGUUCUUUUAAAAUGUGCAACAAAAAUGUUUCCUCUGGUUUUAUAUUUGAUGUAUUAUAGGUUUAAUAGUUGAUGUAUUAUAGGUUUUAUAGUUGAUGUAUUAUAGGUUUUAUAGUUGGUACUAGAGAUUUAAAUAGUGUUUUAUACGUUCGUAUUAUGUUUAGUUGUCUAAAAUAUUACUUGUGUAACUUUCCCAUGAAACUGUGAACUUAAAUUUACAGUUAAAGAAAUAUAAAAAUUGUUGUUGCAAAUCACUUAGUACACUAAUUAUUUAAAAUUUAAUUAUUUUCAUUUAAUCAAUAUCUACUUAAUAUAUUUAUAAUGUUUAAAAAAUAUUUUAACAGCACAUUUUAUCUAUAAACUGUACACUUUUCUUAAUCCUAACCAACUAAUUAUAAGAGGGUGGACUGUGAUCAAUCUUUUCAGUAGAUUAAUGAGCCACAAACAAUUUGUGUCAAAUAAAACAAUAUAUUUUAAGCUUUAAUUAUUAUCAGAAAAAUACAAAUUCAAACCUUUCUGCUAAUGUGCUCAACAAAGAACAGUAAUAAAAUUAUAAAUUAAAUUUACAUAAUAUUUGUAUAUCCUAAAAAAUCAAAGAAAAAAAAUAGAAUGGGUACAAGUCCCUAUUGAAAAAAAAAGAUCAGAAGAAGGGAAAGAAAUUUGUCACUAAUGCCUCAAUAAUAAAUUUUUUCCUCUCCUAUGGUAUGGGAAGUACUAAAUGUGCAACCUCACGAUAACUCAACUGAAUCCAUGCACUCUAUCAUAUAUUUCACGGCAACAACCAAAUGUAGCGUCUCUUCUCACUGCAUUAACUAUUUUAUUAACAUUGGUGGACGCAUGAACUUUUAUGUUGUUGGAAGAUUCAACUUUUUUUGUGUCCAAAACCAAGGCUCACAAUUUUUACAAAAGUUUAAUUCCUUUGUUACAAUUUUAGAACUGUUCAUUAACUUUGCAGGCUUCAAUUGAAAAAAAAAACAAGCACAUGAACUAUAAACACAUUUUUUUAUUUUGUUUACUUGAUAAAAAAUAAUUGAGUUUUUUUAUAUAUUACCAUUAACUUCAAAUCUAAAAAAAACUUGUUUACUUUUCAAUAUAAUAUUUUUAAGUGUUCAGCUAACAACAUAGUUGAAAGCUCAAACAAUUUCUUUCGCUGAUAUUCAAGGAUAUUUUCUGUUUUUCUAGCCAAUGAAAACAACUAUUUGAGGAGAAGUAACACAUCUGGGACAUAUGGAACAAUCUCAGACACCAGUGAAAGUGGUAAAUGUCAUAAUAAUGUAUCAGAGACCAGUGAAAGUGGUAAAUGUCAUAAUAAUGUAUCAGAGACUAGUGAACGUGGUAAAUGUCAUAGUAAUGUAUCAGAGACCAGUGAAAGUGGUAAAUGUCUAAAUAAUUUCAUCUUCUAGGUUUAUCCAUGUCAUGCAUAUAUAGCAGAUAUUUUGAAGCCCAAAUUAAGAUCAAAUCAAAGAGCAAACAUAGCAGCCGGUUAAGGAAGGAAAAACUCUUCUGUUGUGCUAGGGGAAGAACAAUCUAAGAAUUGUAUCAUUAACUUAACUGAGAUGUUGAUUUCAAGUACACAAGAAAUGAUGAUGGCAACAACAAAAAUCACUCAUUAUUUUGUAGCUAAUACCCCUAAAUUCAUGUGCCUGUGUCCUACUAGGGUCUAACCAAUAAAAAAAUAGUGAGACAAAUUUUAUAGAUCUGCUAAAUUCAGGCCUGCUGGGGAAAGAAAUUCCAUGAACAAAUAAUGUACUAACUUGAAUCGGUUUUCUAAAGUUAGGAGUACUAGUGAAAAUAUGUAGAGAUCACUUAUUAACCACCUCCAAUGAAUCAGCUGCACCCAGGUCUAGUUAUAAGAAAAUUUACUUCAUUAACUUUUAAUCCUAAAUCUUACAUGUUAGAUUUUAUUUUGAGAGUCUCUUUUUAAAUAUUGAUGUUUUUUUUGUAUGCAGUUAUUUACUUAUAAGGAUCAUCUAAAUUUGAUACCUUUGUUUAUUGGUCAAGACCAUCUCAAUCGUACCUUUGUUUAGAGACUUGUUAUUGUUCAAGAACAUCUCAAUCAAUCGUAUCUUUGUUUAGUGACUUGUUAUUAUUGGUCAGGACCGUCUCAAUGAUAUCAUUGUUUUCAUCAGAUAGAGAACUCAGCCAUGUUUCCUUUGACCAGACAUCAGAAACGUCCAGUGUGUCUCUAGAUGAGUCCACCAUAGACUUCCUGCCCGAUGCUGAUAUGGAGAAGGAAAUCUUCCGUACCAAGGUAAAUUUAUUGGUUUUAUUUUCAGGUGAAAUUAAUUUUUUUGUUACUGGGGCUACUACCACAGUAAAGAUGACAAACAUAUACAUUAAAUCCAGGAGUUUUCAUUUAAGACAAUGUUCAAAUCAUUCAAGACUCACUGUCUUAGAGCACACAUGUGAAAAUGGAAGAUAGAAAGAAGAUUUUUAAAAUCGUAUGGUCUUUUUUCAAUAGUAAAUUAAAAAGAAGAAAAAAAAAUGAUUUCAUUUGUUCCAAUGGUCAACAAUUUUUAUGUUUUCAUCCAAUCUGUAAAAGAGACUUCAAGGGUGUACGACAUGAAUUUCACUCUUUAAAAACUUCAAUGUGUCGUGUUAUUUUUAAAAAAAUGUACAACUGAUCACAACUCACUACCAAAUGUUUCUCUCUCCAGACUGCUCUGUUUGUGAGUGACCUGGCCAGAAAAAACAACAAGAAAUUAUCCAAGACUUACAAACUGUAUUAUUGGUAAUUAAAUUAAGUAAAGAACCUCUAUAGCUUUUCAUCCACACAAACUUGGUGAGACAUUCAAAUGGGUUUUGCUUGCCAUGAUUCAUGGGGGCGGGGGAGUCUGUAAGAAAGGAAGCUGAAACAAACAUCCUGUCUUUGCCAAAUUUUAUCAUAAGAGAUGUCGGUUAAAAUGAAUGUUAAGAUUUGUCCAGAAUUUAUUUUAAAAGAUCACCCAAAAGGUCUGGAGCUUUUUCUUUUCCUCUCACAUUAAUUUUAAAUUUGUUCCCUUGCUUCCUGCAGGAACUUGGUGACCAUCUCCAUCUUCUAUGGCCUGCCAGUGGUGCAGCUAGUCAUAACAUACCAGAGGGUAAGACUUAUCUUUCUUCCCUAAGACACUCUAGGUGAGAUAGUUCAUAAAGUCUCAUGGACCACAUGACUAGUUGUUGCUUUUUUUUUUCCCCCUAGGUUAUGAAAACAUAAAGACAUAAAAGAGGACAAAGUAAUUUCAAGUUAUGAAGUAGCAACACAUAUCUCAAGAUUAUGGCUAACCCCUUUUUUCUACACCCCCCCCCCCAACCCUUUAUUUCCACAUCAUAUGACACUGCACGUCUUUAUAAAUGAGUCUAACAGAAAAAAUAUUCUCCACUUUAUAAANUUUUUUUUCCCCCUAAGUUAUGAAAAAAUAAAGACAUAAAAGAGGACAAAAUAAUUUCAAGUUAUGAAGUAGCAACAAAUAUCUCAAGAUUAUGGCUAACCCCUUUUUUCUACACCCCCCCCCCCCAACCCUUUAUUUCCACAUCAUAUGACACUGCACGUCUUUAUAAAUGAGUCUAACAGAAAAAAUAUUCUCCACUUUAUAAAGACGAAAAAUUUGUUUAUCUCUUCUUGAAUAAUAAGAAUGUUACAUACACUGGGAUAAAAAAAGAUAAAAUAUUCUUAAGUAUGUUUAAGAUUUUCUUGUGUUGCCUUGUACUGACUGCCAUGAACAUUUGUUGAGUGCAGGUUCUGACAGCCACUGGCAACCAAGACAUUUGCUACUACAACUUUGCUUGCUCCCACCCAUUCAAGUCUUACCUCAGUUCUUUCAACAAUGUCUUCAGCAACAUUGGCUACGUCAUGCUUGGACUCUUGUUUAUAUUGAUAGUGUACAGGAGGUGGGUGAUACUUGUUUAUAUUGGUAGUGUACAGGAGGUGGGUGAUACUUGUUUAUAUUGAUAGUGUACAGGAGGUGGGUGAUACUUGUUUAUAUUGAUAGUGUACAGGAGGUGGGUGAUACUUGUUUAUAUUGGUAGUGUACAGGAGGUGGGUGAUACUUGUUUAUAUUGGUAGUGUACAGGAGGUGGGUGAUACUUGUUUAUAUUGGUAGUGUACAGGAGGUGGGUGAUACUUGUUUAUAUUGGUAGUGUACGGGAGGUGGGUGAUACUUGUUUAUAUUGGUAGUGUACAGGAGGUGGGUGAUACUUGUUUAUAUUGGUAGUGUACAGGAGGUGGGUGAUACUUGUUUAUAUUGAUAGUGUACAGGAGGUGGGUGAUACUUGUUUAUAUUGGUAGUGUACAGGAGGUGGGUGAUACUUGUUUAUAUUGGUAGUGUACAGGAGGUGGGUGAUACUUGUUUAUAUUGGUAGUGUACAGGAGGUGGGUGAUACUUGUUUAUAUUGGUAGUGUACAGGAGGUGGGUGAUACUUGUUUAUAUUGGUAGUGUACAGGAGGUGGGUGAUACUUGUUUAUAUUGGUAGUGUACAGGAGGUGGGUGAUACUUGUUUAUAUUGGUAGUGUACAGGAGGUGGGUGAUACUUGUUUAUAUUGGUAGUGUACAGGAGGUGGGUGAUACUUGUUUAUAUUGGUAGUGUACAGGAGGUGGGUGAUACUUGUUUAUAUUGGUAGUGUACAGGAGGUGGGUGAUACUUGUUUAUAUUGGUAGUGUACAGGAGGUGGGUGAUACUUGUUUAUAUUGGUAGUGUACAGGAGGUGGGUGAUACUUGUUUAUAUUGGUAGUGUACAGGAGGUGGGUGAUACUUGUUUAUAUUGGUAGUGUACAGGAGGUGGGUGAUACUUGUUUAUAUUGGUAGUGUACAGGAGGUGGGUGAUACUUGUUUAUAUUGGUAGUGUACAGGAGGUGGGUGAUACUUGUUUAUAUUGGUAGUGUACAGGAGGUGGGUGAUACUUGUUUAUAUUGGUAGUGUACAGGAGGUGGGUGAUACUUGUUUAUAUUGGUAGUGUACAGGAGGUGGGUGAUACUUGUUUAUAUUGGUAGUGUACAGGAGGUGGGUGAUACUUGUUUAUAUUGGUAGUGUACAGGAGGUGGGUGAUACUUGUUUAUAUUGGUAGUGUACAGGAGGUGGGUGAUACUUGUUUAUAUUGGUAGUGUACGGGAGGUAGGGGACUCUUGUUCAUAUUGGUAGUGUACAGGAGGUGGGUGAUACUUGUUUAUAUUGGUAGUGUACAGGAGGUGGGUGAUACUUGUUUAUAUUGGUAGUGUACGGGAGGUAGGGGACUCUUGUUCAUAUUGGUAGUGUACAGGAGGUGGGUGAUACUUGUUUAUAUUGGUAGUGUACAGGAGGUGGGUGAUACUUGUUUAUAUUGGUAGUGUACAUUAGGUGGGUGACUCUUGUUUAUUUUGAUAGUGUACAGGAGGUGGGUGAUACUUGUUUAUAUUGGUAGUGUACAGGAGGUGGGUGACUCUUGUUUAUCUUGGUAGUGUAUAGGAGGUUGAUAACAAUUGUUUAUAGUGAUAGUGUACAGAAGGUAUGUGAGCUAGUUUCAAAAUAAAUAUUCAGGAGAUAGCUGUGCUAGUUUCAAUAUUAAUUUACAGUAGGUUGGUAACCUGAAUCCAAAAUACUCUUGUCUGAUCUAUAAAUGUUUUUUUUUUUAAUGAGUUAAAAGUUCACAUAUCAUAAAACACAUUUCUAUUUUUUUGCUUAAAGUUUUUAAAACUUGUUUCCACUUUAUAAUCUGUUUACUUAAGAAAUGAUGCAAAAAUACCUUCAAACAAUUUGGGCCAAAUUUUACAGUCACAUUUAUGCACACUUCCAUCCCCAGAGACACCCUCCACAAAAUGCUUCAGAAAAAGCAUGGGGAUCUUGAAAAGCAUUACGGCAUCCCCCAACACUUUGGCCUGUUCUAUGCUAUGGGCAUGGCUCUUCUGAUGGAGGGCAUUAUGAGUGCCUGCUAUCAUGUCUGCCCCAACUACUCCAACUUUCAGUUUGGUGAGUCUAGUAACAAAUUCAUUCUGUAACUCAUUCAUUUUGGAACUAAUUUAUUCUUUAAUUCAUUCAUUCUGUAACUAGUUCAUUUUAUAACUGAUUCAUUCCAACUAAUUAAUUCUUUAACUAAUUAAUUUUAUUCUGUAACGAAUUCAUUCUGUAAAAAAAAUUCAUUCUGUAACAAAUUCAUUCUGUAAGAAAUUAAUUCUUUAACAGAUUAAUUCCUUAACAAAAUUCAUUUGGUAACCAAUUUAUUCUUUAACAAGAAGAAUACUUUCACUAUAAUUAUGGCAAUAAUUUAAAUUCAUCUAAGUUUAAAGGAAAUUUAAAGUAAAUAUAGUUUAAAUAUUGGCAAAGCUUUUUACAAAGGACAGAAAAAAAAGAGGUCAUCUAAAAAGUGGACAAAAGAGGAACUGAAGAAAACUUUAAAUUAAAAUCAUAUUAAUUCAAAUUAGUAUUAUGUCUUUUUAAAUGUGAUUAUGUAUUAUGUUAAGACUAGAUGAGAAUUGAGAUUUUCACAUGCUUGGUUACCAUUUACUCAGUUAUCUUAACGCAACAGCUUAUCCAUCUUAGGACUAAAUAAUCAAUACAUUAUUUUUUUUGUACUAAUGGCAUUUAGCAAUCCAAAUUAUAUAACUCAACUGUAUGAUAUUUAAUAAUCCAAAUUCUAUUACUCAACUGAAUAUAUUACAUGUUUCAGUAAUAAUGCCACUAUGCUUUGAAGCAGGCACUGAUCCCACAGAGAAAAAAAACAAAUUUUCUUUUUAAAAACUCCUCCUGACAGAUACAUCUUUCAUGUACAUCAUUGCCUGCCUCAACAUGUUGAAGAUCUACCAGUUUCGUCAUCCUGACAUCAAUGCUAAGGCUCACACCGCAUACUUCUCUAUGGCUGUCAUCAUUUUCAUUGCUGUUCUUGGAGUGGUAGGUACACGUUGCAUGCAUAUAUUUGACCAGAUGUCAGGCACAUAUAGAUAAAACUAUAUAUAUGGUAAAUUUAUCAGAUGUCUGGCACCAAUCCGUGAUGCAGCUUUGGGUAGUGCCACCCAUGGCAGGCUUAGAUUUUUGCUGCCCUUUUCCAUGAAAAAAAGUUGGCCAUAAAACGCAGCCCCUCAUUAUAUAGUACAAAUAAAGUGCCACCAGUUGGACUGUGCCCUGCACCCACACAUGCGACCAAUAGAUGUAACUAUAUACAACCUAUAUUUACUCAGGUGUAUGAAACCAGUGUAUAAACUGUAAAUAUAAAUAAAUAUCCUACUGCAUGGCACUAAUAUAUGUCACUAGAUCAGUAUGAUAUAUUUUCCCAGGUGCAUGGCACUAAUAUAUGUCACUAGAUCAGUAUGAUAUAUUUUCCCAGGUGUAUGGCACAAGUGUCCUGUGGAUCUUCUAUGCUCUGAUUCAUAUGCUCAUGAGUUUAGUAUUAAGUGCUCAAGUCUACUACAUGGGGAGAUGGAGAUUUGGUAUGUGGAUACAUUGAUGGAGUGAGGAUAUUGCCACUUUUGGUACAUGCAGAUCUUAAAGAACCAUUAUUAAGACAGAGAUUUUUAACAUUCUCAGAGAUAAAAUGACAAGGAACUUACAGCUUUGAUCUUGAAAUAGCCAUUGUUGUUACUUUUACUUAUGCCAGCAAAAGAAGGUUUAUCUUGAAAUAGCCAUUGUUGUUACUUUUACUUAUGCCAGCAAAAGAAGGUUUAUCUUGAAAUAGCCAUUGUUGUUACUUUUACUUAUGCCAGCAAAGGAAAUCUAUCUUCAAAUAGUGAGUGUUAUUACUUUUACUUAUGUUAUGCCAGCAAAAAGAAGUUUAACAUUUGUUUGAACAAUCCAGGUGGUUUAAUUUUUUAAUUUUGAUUUUAAUUUUUUUUUUUAUUAACAUUUUUUAGAUCGUCACAUUUUUAAAAGAUUGUUUCGUGUGAUUCUGACCGAAGGUCGCCGAUGUACCAGACCAAUAUAUCCUGUGAGUUUUCAAUCAUUGCCUCUAUUAAUCUUGAUAUUUUGAAGACUUGUGAGUUUCAAUAUGUUUAUUUAUUCCACCAGAUCCUGAUUGCCAUGCCUGUUUCAAGUACUUUUAUUUUAUAAAAUAUUUUAUUUCCCCAUUUUUUUUAACAGUCAGUGGAAUUAUGAAGUUACAAAAAAUGGUUACAAAUAUCUGUUAGCACUGAUUACUACAGCAGGAAGUCAUAGGUUUGUAAGGUGUUUAUUUUAAAAUGUCAACAUUUAAAGAGUUUCAUUAGAUGUUUUUCUCAUUUCAGAGUCGCUUUAUUCUGCUUCUUUUUGGAAAUUUAAUCAACUGGGCUUUGUAAGUUCUAAGCAAACAUGGUUUUUUUUUUGGUUCUUUUUUUUUAAUUUUUAAAUUAAUUAUUUUUAAAGUUCUUGAACUAACAUGUUUGUUCAAUUGCAUUUUUUUAAAAUUCUGGCAUUUUAUUUUAAAUUUUUAAAUUCUAAAUAUUUUUUUCUAAGUUCUGAUCAAACAUUGUUUUAAAUUAAAUAUGUAACUGUGUAAAUUUAAAAAAAAAAAUAAUUAAUUAAAUACAGAGCUUAUUUAUGACAUAAAUUAAUUAUUGAUAAAUGAGCUGGACUUGAUCUUACAAGUUGAGCAAUUCUAAUAAUGUGUCAUGUUACAUAUUGUUUAAGCUCUAUGCCCCAGGCAAAAGUGAAUGCUUACUUUUAAUUCCAUCUAUGUGAACCCUUUCAUUGUAAACAAUAUUUGAUUUAUAAAAACUCAACCUAGGAAAGGUUUUAAAACAUUGAAAGAAAAAAAUGAUCUUAUUAAAUAGGUCUCUUGUGAAAACAUUCCUGAGAACCCUUGUGUUAAAAGACUUCUGGGGUAUGAUCACAAUUAUGAUUAGACAGAUUAAGGACAUUUAGUAUAUGUGACUCCUGGAGGUGGUUCUCACAAUAUAAGCAGUCAUUUAAAAAAUAAAAUGAUUAUUUUCAGUGCCUUGUACGGAGCCAUCAAACAGCCAUCUGAUUUUGCCACAUAUCUGCUAGCCAUAUUUAUCGGAAACCUCUUGCUGUAUUGUAUGUUUUAUAUUGUUAUGAAGGUCAGUGGGAUGAUAUAGUUGUAUGUUUUAUAUUAUUAUGAAGGUCAGUGGGAGGAUAUAGUUGUAUGGUUUAUAUUAAUAUGAAGGUCUGUGAGAUGAUAUAGUUGUAUGGUUUAUAUGAAUAUGAAGGUCUGUAGUUGUAUGUUUUGGAUUGAUAUGAAGGUCAGUGGGAUGAUAUAGUUGUAUGUUUUAUAUUGAUAUGAAAGUCUGUUGGAUGAUAUAGUUGUAUUUUUUUUUAUUGAUUUGAAGGUCUGUGGGAUGAUAUAAUUGUAUAUUGACAUGAAGGUCUGUGGGAUGAUAUAAUUGUAUAUUGACAUGAAGGUCUGUGGGAUGAUAUAGUUGUAUGUUUUCUAUUGAGGUGAAGAUCAAUGUCAUAAAUGAUUUCAUGUGUUCUCUUGGUACGAAUGCCAGUGAGAGUAUUGAAAUACUUCAGUUUUAGAAUGUCAUGAAAACAAAAUCUAAGAACAAAUGAAGCAGAGCUUGUUCUCUGGGCAUUUGAUGAAAAUCUAAUCUCCCCUUGGCAGUUGUUAUACAAAGAAAGUCUGAGCUGGCUGGUCAUUCUGGUCAUUCUUACAUCCAUGGUCACCUGGGCUGGAUCGUUGUACUUCUUCUUCCAAAAUCUGACAUCAUGGGGGGUAAGUGAAUGCAAUUAAUCUGCAAUGUUUAACCAGCUUGUGUGAGAUGGUUACCAGAAUUUGGUGGAUAGAAAUUUCGUUGACUGUAAAUUGAUCGACGCUAAUUUGAUCGAAUGGAAAUUUGGUUGAAACUUUUUUCAGUUCACACUUGAAAAUUUUCGUCAUUUCUUUUUUGAACGCACCAUACUAUUUAGUAAAACAAAAUAAUGCAUUCAAAAAGAAAUUUGAAGCACAAUUUUGACAUAAAAACUGAAAAAAGAUUCUACCAAAUUUCUGUUUGAUCAAAUUUUCGUAUACGGUGUGAGAUACAUGCUGGAUCAUGUCUAUAUCAUUCUUCAAUUGACCCCAUCAAAUUUGGACAUUAUUUUAAGUGUACAAUGAGAUGUGUGAUAGUUUGAUUGAAACCCCCAAUCAUUCCAUUACAAUAGAUCUGUGUGAGAGUUGAACAAGCUACCAAUCAUACCAUCUCAAUAGAUCUGUGUGAGAGUUGAACAAACCACCAAUCAUACCAUCACAAUAGAUCUGUGGAGAGUUGAACAAACCACCAAUCAUACCAUCACAAUAGAUCUGAGUGAGAGUUGAACAAACCACCAAUCAUACCAUCACAAUAGAUCUGUGUGAGAGUUGAACAAACCACCAAUCAUACCAUCACAAUAGAUCUGUGUGAUAGUUGAACAAACCACCAAUCAUACCAUCACAAUAGAUCUGUGUGAGAGUUGAACAAACCACCAAUCAUACCAUCACAAUAGAUCUGUGUGAUAGUUGAACAAACCACCAAUCAUACCAUAAAUCACUCACUUGGCUCUACCAUCUCUAAGGUUGGAGUUAUGGAACUUGGCUUUUGAAAUAAUAGUAUGCCUAAAUAAUCAGCAGCCUUUUGAUCCUUAGGUUGGAGGAAUGCAUUUUUCCAGGGGUCAUCUCAAGCUAUGACUAAAUUUCCAAUUCAGGUGUAAUGCAAAGGUGGGGUGGAGGUGUAAAAUCUCAACCACUGAAGUUGUGAGACAGCAACCAAUCUACCAUGGGAUUAUAAUUCUGAUGUCUCACCAAAUUAGCUGUAGCCUUACCAUUUAUUCUACAACCUUACUGGCUUUGUUACAUUUGUCAAGAAAAAAACCUGAGUGUUAAAACUAAUCUUUUUACAGCUCUAAAUUCCUUAUGAUGUCUGAAUUGACAACUUCAUUGAGUGUUUAAGUAGUUAAAACGUUUAAGUUCUUCAGAAUCUCAGGGUAACUUACAGAGAAAAUUCUUAGUAAACUAUGUCAGAAUUUUAAAAAAUUCAAUUGGUCUAAAUUCUGUACAAAUAUUCUAUGUCCGUACAUGAAGUAACCUAAUAUUUCAGGACACACCGGCCGGUUCAAGGGCCCGUAACAGUGAGUGCAUACUGAUGGAGUUUUAUGAUGCUCAUGAUGUCUGGCACUUUUUGUCUGCCAUAAGUCUUUUUUUCUCUUUUAUGGUGAGUCAAAUAUUUAAAAACUAGAAUUGACCCAUUCGAAAUGGUGGAGUAUUUCUGUUUAUCUAACAUUGUAAGACAUUUCUUGAUGUAUUUAUUUUUUCAAUUUAUCUAACAUUGUAAAGCAUUUCCUAAUAUGUUUAUUUUUUCAAAUCAACUUCACAUAUUUAUUUUUUCACAUACAUGCAACAUAUGUCUUAUGUAGUCUCUAUUAUCCCUUUACCCCAAGCAUCCUGCUUUACUGCAGUGUAUUUAAUUCAUAUGUCAUUGACCAAUAGAAUUAAUUUCAUUUUUUAAUCAUAGAUUUUAUUUAGUAUUGCCUCUAUGUCUGUGUACAUUUUAUUUAGGAAUCCAUGAGAAUGUAGGUUUUGUGAGCCAGGAUCCCAAGGGGGUGGAGGUUUUAGGACCCUGUUGAAGUUUGAAAGAGUUGGGGAAAUGUAGGUUUAUGAGUCAGGAGCUAGGGAUUAGAAGCUUGAGGCCCAGGAGCCAGGGGAAUGGAGGUUUAAGGGCCAGGAGCCAGGGGAAUGGAGGUUUAAGGAACCUGGAGAGGUUUGAGAGAGUUGGGGAAAUUAGGUUUAUAGGUCAAGAGCCAGGGAAUGGAGAUUUAAGGGCCAGGAGCAAUCAAACAUGGCCUCAAAUAUUUGCCAGGAGAAUGUUCUACAAAUGCUCCAUACUUGAGAUAAGCUAACUCUAAAAACAAACUACGACUGAUGCAGUUUAGGGAGGACAUGCUCAUGAUGAAAAUAAAAGAGGAACCAUUUUAAAAAUCAGAAUUUAAACUUAAGACACUGACAGUACUUGUCAGUUAAAUGGCUAGAUCACUAUUUUAGAAAUAUUUUUACAAACUAAAAAUAACACAAUCAUGAAACUGGUAAAUUUAAGUUAUUUGUUUCUUAUAUUUCCAAACAGAUCCUCCUUUUGUUAGAUGAUGAUCUUUCACUAAAGAGAAGAGACAAACUUCCAGUUUUUUAA